AUGAUUCAUUACCUCCAGUCUAUAAACAUGAUAUAUUGUUAUGGAGGUGCCAAUCGUCAAGGAAAUUCAGGUCUUUCUAAUCAAACUUUAUCGUGGUUUGAUAGUGAAAUUUACAAUCAUCAUGUCUAUCUUGAUAUUUCCAAGCCGUUGAAUGUAUCUGCUGCUAAUACACAAUGGCAACCUGUUCCUCCACCCAGUAGUGCCUUUCAACUGGAACCACGUUGUGAUUUCGCUAUGAUCAAUCAUAAUGAUACAGGAUAUACCAUCGUUGGUGGUGCUGGUCCUUCUACUAAUCAUGGUGAUCAAAGUCUUGUCAAUAUCACUGUGGAUUACAAUGCAGAUUUGAACACUUGGGGAUCUCUCAAAAGCCUAAACGAUUCACAGCCCAAAUUGAACAUGUCCAUGGAAAUUCAAAUGUUUGGUACUCGUGGUGUUAAAAUCACUAACUCUCAAUAUAUGAUCGCUGGCGGCAUUCCUCCUAAUAAUGAUACCGUCAUUCAAUCAAACUCUAGUUAUGUCUACGUCGAGUCAGAGGAUUCCAAUUGGGGAAGUAUGAAAGUUUAUACUGAUCCUAUUACAAGAGGUGGCAACUUGUUCCUAGAACCCGCGCGUGUUUACCGCCAAGCUUUGGCAACGAGCAGCAAUGGUACAGUCUACAUCUUUGGUGGGAUCCGCCCUGGGGAUGCUACACAGAAUUACGAUUAUAUGGAUUUCACAGGUUAUUAUGGUUUUGAUUCUCUGAUUGUAUUUUAUCCAUCUCAAAAUCAAACAUUCAACGUCGUUACACCAAGCAAUUCCGAUAACGCGCCCAGUCAUCGAGAACUCCACACAGUGACCAGUAUUCCCAAUACAAACAACAUGCUUCUUUAUGGUGGUAAGGGUAUGGACGAUGCAGUCGUUUCUGACUUUUGCUAUACAUUCGAUACUGUAUCUGGAUUUUGGAAUAUUGUCAACUUUACCAAUGGUGAUGGUGCUGGACUUCGAUAUGGUCAUCAAGCGGUGAUGGUGGGCAAUGACAUGCUCUAUAUUAUUGGAGGUAUCGAUAUCACCAACACUGUCCAAAACGAUGUACAUAUCUUGAAUGUCACCAGUAUGACGUGGUUGAACGGAUCCUACACUAAUACCUAUGAUCAAACGAACAGUGGCUCUUCAUCAAAUAGCAACAAUGGAACUGGAUCAUCCUCUCUUAGUGAAGGUGCUAUUGCUGGUACUGUUAUUGGAUGUGUCGCUGCUGUGGCUUUAGCGACCGUGGCUGCCGUGGUCUUUUAUAUGCAACAUAAAAAAAAGAAGUUAUUAUCAUCUGGUACUGCUCCUACUGGUUUUGCUCCUACUACUACUUCCCCAACGAUGGCAAUUACUCCUAACUACAAUGGUGAGUCCAACGCGUUUCAUUCACUAAAUCAUCCUGCUGAUGGUAAACAUGAUCAAGCUCCUUCUCUCACUACUGGGAAACCAGACAUGAAUUAGAUCCUCUGUCAUCUUUACUUUUUAUAUCUUAUCUACUAUCUAUUCUCUACCCCCCCCCCCAGAGGUGACCUCUUUUGUU